AUGUUGGAAAUAUUCAUUUUGAAGGUUGAGAAUCCAUCAUGCCUCUGGGGUCGGGUUGUUUGCGGUGCCGAUGGCAGUGUGGAGACCACAGAACAUUACACUACUCUCCAGGCUCAGAUGAACCUUUUCUACCAAGAUGCCACUCAAGAUCUAAAUCAACUGAAACCCACUUCAUUAGAGGAAGGACAGGUGUAUGUGGUAUACUGGGCUGUGAAGAAGUCAUGGUGUCGUGCCGUGGUGCGGUCCGUCAUCACCGACCCAACAUGCUGUCGAGCUUUCUGCUUCCUGGUUGACCAUGGAGAAAUGAUUGUGGUCUCCUUAGACAAGAUACGAGUGUCAUUACAGAAGUUCCUUCAGCUUCCUUUCUGGGUGAGGAGGUUCCAUCUGGCACGAAUCCAACCAAUAACCCUUCGAGUAUCUGUACUAGAAGAAAAAGUAGAACUUGAACCUUCUAGACAGUGGGACUUUUCGGCUACACUUUACCUGCACAACUUGCUUCGAGCAUCCACCCAAACAGAAGCUGUGUUGCAUCAGUUGGAGUCGGACUCUACCUCCAUUGAGCUCUAUCUUACCAUCAGCAACAUCAAGAUCUGUGUGAAUGAUGACCUGGUAGCCAAUAGGUUUGCAUGUUACAGCAGCAGUGGCCUGGACGCCUGUGACAGAUUUCCUCUCAUGUUGUCCCCCAGCAUUCUAACUCAGACUGCUUUAAAAUGCUCUGACAAGCAGAUGGAGGAAAACCUGCAUUCGCCCAGUGAACAUGGAGGGUCAUCAGAGAGUCCUGGUACUUCAGAAGCAGGGGACUGGCUGACAACUCCCUCUCUACCUCAGAGUCAAGUCCCUGAGCUGGUUACUUGUGAGGAAGGCAGCAGAUCAGAGGAUACUAAAGAACCAAUGUUUUUUAACAACCAAACCAAGCAUGGCCCAAAAGCUUCAGGGGCAGAGAGAAAGAGCAAAGCCAGGAAGGAGACGUCAGACCAGAGGCCAGAUGCAGAGAUGAUGACGCAGGUUCCUCUCGGUCUUUUAGAGUGGCUGAACCCAGAGCCUUUCAACUCUGAUCCUGAUGCUGUAGAUGAGGUGGUUUCACCCGGUGAUCCCUGGGUGAAGGGGAUUCUAGUGCAUUCAACCCAUUCCAUAGAACCAUGCAACACAUUAGAAGAUGCUCCCAUCACAGAUUCUCUUCGUCAGGUCUUGCUUCGGAAAAACUAUCGCACUCUUUCUCCAGCUGACCGUUACAGUUGGCCAGCGGUAGCUCGUGGCUGCAACACUUUCGUUAUCUCCCAGAAUGCUGACCAGCCACUUGGCUACCUUAUUCCUCUGCUCACCCACAUUCUUUUGAACUCCCUCCUCUUAUCCCACCUCUCCAGUUCAGGGCCCAUAGCAGUGCUGCUGUGUCCGGGCUGGGAAAAGGCUCAGAUUAUAUACAACCUGCUGGAGGAAAGCAAGGUUUCUCAAACCCUCCACCCAAUUAUUGUCUUGGUGGGCAUUGGCAAGGACGAAGCCAAGGCUGUAAAAUUCCCCAAAAACUGCCUGCUGUUGGUGACCACGCCAUUUACUCUUGUCCGUUUGCUGUCUUGUCACUGCUUUCUUUUCCUGCGACUGUACCAUCUAGUAUUAGAUGAGGCUGACCAGCUCUUCACUUUUGCACCUGAUGAGAUGGCAACCAUCCUACAACAUUUUCAGAAGGUGACUUCCAGUGAAGAGAAAGCAUCCUGUCCUCGGCAACUGGUUGCUGUGGCCAAAAGAUGGACCAGUCACAUGGAGGAUCUAAUCUCUAAUCAUAUGCCCUAUCCCUCCAUCAUUAUAACUGUCCCUGAGGAGGCUGCACUUUAUGGUAACAUCCAGCAGGUUAUCCUGAUGACUGUUGAGAGCAACAAGAUAUCUGAACUUCUGGGAGUGUUGGAUUUCAGUUCUGAAGUUGGCCAAAAGACACUGAUUGUAGCAAACUCUGCUGAGGAGGUUGAAGAUGUGUUUAAGGCUGUCAGCAACAAAUCGGCAUUCUGUCUCAAGAUCCACAAGGGAUUACUGGACCAGCUUGACUUUGUCAUCCAGCAGUGGAGGAAAAACAUUGGCCCUGGCACUCAUGUUAUCCUGGUGAGCACCAGUGAGUGCUUGAGGGGCCUUGGCAUCAGAGAUGCAGCUUGUGUUGUCCACUAUGGAUUUCCGCCUUCUCCUAAAGUGUUUGGCUACAGACUCUUUUGCAUGGCUGAACACUUUCGAAAUCUACCUAAACAAGAUCAAACAGACAGUGGUUCUCCAGUCAGCAGAUCAGUGCUGCUGAUCUCAGAAAGAAAUGCUCGUCACGUUGUGGGAGUUCUCCGUUAUCUGGAACGAACUGAUGCGCCACUUUCACCUGUACUGUUCUCCUUUGCUGAGGGGGUACAUGUGGCCCGCGAAGACCAGAAGACAGAUCGACCUUUUUGCAGCUAUCUGAAGAGGUUUGGAUUCUGCAGAGACAGGAGUGUGUGUCCUGAUCGUCACAGAAUCAACCCUCAGUCAGAUCAGUCUGCUCUUCCUUCCUCUGGAGUCAUUGAAGUCUUACCGCUCUACAUUAAGACAGCAUCUGUCUUCUAUGGUCGUUUGGUCAGACAGAAUGACAAGGAGUUUGAUAAAAUGGCCUCUGAGAUGAUGUCUUAUUAUGCUGACAAGAAACCUGGAGCCAAGGAGCUGCUGGAAGGAGCUUUAUAUGCAGUUCAAGAGGACGAGAUCUUCCACAGAGUGAAGAUCCUGGCGCUACCUGACCAUGGUGAAAGCAUCUUUUACAAUGUCUUGGUUCAGUUCAUUGAUAUUGGAAAGGAGAGUGAUGUCAAAUCCCAUCAGAUCCUUGAGCUGCCGCCACAGUUUCAUUCUCUGCCUAACCAAGCCGUUGAGAUGGUGGUCUGCAGGGUGAAGCCAGCUGAUGCUGAGAUUGAGUGGCAUCCAAAGGUCACCAGAGCAAUCAGCCAGAAGAUCCGAGGUCUGCAGCAUCGAGCCAGAGCCGUUCUGUGCCUGGGGAAUACAGUUUUUGUCGAUCCUAUGGUACGAGUUACUCAGAUGCCAGGCACAAAAACAUUUAUAAAUGAGUACAAUGUGCAGACUGAGAUCCUAAAGACGGGGAUGGGAGUCAAUAAUCCCGAGCAUCUGGACUUCUUCAGAGCAGCGGUUCAAGAUAACAGCAGCAAAGACGGAGGUCCCGCAUCAAGUUUAUACCCUCAGGUUGUUUGGUACCAGACCUGUGACUCUGUAAUUGUAACAGUGAAGUUGAUGAAUCCAGAGAGUCAACGCUGUGAUUUCUACACAGACAGAGUUGUCUACAGUGGCAGAGUGAACGGUCGUUCCUACAGGGCUGAUCUGGAGCUUCACCAGAAAAUAGAAGCCGACAUUUGCCACUGGGAAAUGAAGUCCAAUCAGCCUGUUCUUAAACUGGUAAAACAGCAGCAAGGACACUGGGAGAGACUCAUCAGGAGUAAGGUACCGAAAUUAUGCUGACUCUGUCAAGAUUAUUUCAGCAGUAAGGUGGUACAAAGUGUGAUACAUGGUGGAACCAUAACA